AUGUCGAAAGUAUCAUCUUCCUUUUUCGGACGGUAUCUGAUCGCUUAUCUCAGACAUUGGAAAGAACUUGGCAUCCAAGGCGAAUGUCCCUAUCACUUCACGCAGGAUGAACUACAUAGCCACUCCGUUGAUGCCGAGGGCUGGAAUGAGGUCCAGGAUUUCUUUAACAGUAUAGAUGAUCUUGUGAAACGAGAUGGAUGGGCAUAUCCUGAUACGUUCGACGCUGCCUUCAAUUUCUUUUCAGAGCUUCGAGAACGCGGCCUGAAGAAUAUGACGGGCAAGGAAAAGAGAGCUUUUGACAAACAGACUCGUUGGGCCAGAAAACAGGGCGAUUCCCGGGCCUACGGGACAUCACAACACCAGCAUAAUAGGAGCAUCUACCACGCUUCACGUUGUCCAACCUUUAAUUUGACUCUGGAACAGAAUUCAGACUAA